AUGAAGUCAGAAAAUGAUUCACGCAUUGCGGAAUUUCUCCUUCUGGAAUUUUCUGAAGACCUUGACCGUCAGUCCUUCAUAUUUGUGCUUUUUCUAUUCAUGUAUCUGGUCGCUGUCCUUGGAAACUUGCUCAUCAUCCUAGCCACCAUCUCCGACCCCCACCUCCACACCCCUAUGUACUUCUUCCUCUCCAACCUGUCCUUGGUGGACAUCGCCUUAGUCACCACCACUGUGCCCAGGAUGCUGGUGAACAUGCAGACACAAAGCAAAGUCAUCACCUAUAAAGAAUGUCUCACACAGAUGUACUUUGUCAUGCUCUACGGGAUGUUGGAUGUAUUUCUUCUGACUGUCAUGGCCUAUGACCGCUUCGUGGCUAUCUGUCACCCCCUGCACUACAUGGUCAUCAUGAACCCCCGGCUCUGUGGGCUGCUGGUUCUGGGCUCCUGGGUCACGAGUGUCCUGCAUGCCUUCUUAGAAAACAUCAUGGCAUUGCAACUCGCUUUCUGUGAAGAUGUGGAAAUCCUACACAUAUCCUGCGAACUCAAACAGUUGAUUCAACUUGCCUGUUCUGACACCUUACCUAAUAACAUGGUGAUGUAUUUUUCAGCUGUUCUGGUGGGUGGUGGCCCCCUAGCCGGCAUCCUUUACUCUUAUUCCAAGAUCAUUUCCUCCAUUUGUGGAAUCUCCUCCACUCAGGGCAAGUAUAAAGCCUUUUCCACCUGUGUGUCUCAUCUGUCUGUCGUGUCCUUGUAUUAUUGCACAGGCCUCGUGGUCUAUCUGAGCUCUGCUGCUGCCCGUGGCUCAUGGCUGAGCUCAGUAGCCACAGUGAUGUACAAUGUGGUCACACCGAUGCUGAACCCCUUCAUCUAUAGUCUGAGAAACAAGGACAUCAAGCGGGCUUUGGAAGCUUUCUUUGUACACAAUAAAGAAUUCUCUAGAACUAAAGAGUUCCCAUAA